UACAAUGUGCCAAGAAUGGUGUCAUGGAUUAGAGCCUCGGUGAUUCGGGAACACUGACUGCCUUGUCAUAAUUUUUGUUAACAUUUAUCCAAACAAGAAUGAGCAGCAGAGUAUGCCUGACCCUUUCUAUCACACUUGCGACUGCCAAGAGGAUAGGGAUUACUCCUCGUUUGGGCCCCGCACAGCUCAAUUGCAGAAACCCGCUCCCAUUUCUAACGUUAUCGGCUAACAGUUUUGCUUCUAUCAAUUACUCGCCUUCUAUGGACGCAUCUCUCGCCGCUAAAGCCUAUUCUUCUGCUAGUGAUAAUGAAGCUGCACCAAGUGGGGAAAAUGACUUGCUAAUCGUCGGACCUGGUGUGCUAGGGCGUUUAGUCGCUGAAAAAUGGAGAGAGGAACACCCAGGUUGUCAAAUUUUUGGACAAACAAUGACUGCUGAUCAUCAUGAUGAACUGAUCCAAAUGGGUAUUAAACCAACUUUGAAAGAAACCAAGCUUUCUAUCAAGUUCCCUUAUGUUAUUUUCUGUGCUCCUCCAUCCCGCACUGAAGAUUAUCCUGCUGAUGUCAGGGAGGCUGCAUUGAAAUGGAAUGCUGAAGGUUCUUUCAUGUUCACCUCAAGUUCCGCACCAUAUGAUUGCCAUGACAAUGGGCCAUGUGAUGAGGAUACCCCAGUUGUGCCGAUAGGGACGAGCCCUAGGACUGAUGUUCUUCUAAAGGCAGAAAAAGCUGCACUGGAAUAUGGUGGCUGUGUUCUAAGACUGGCUGGACUUUACAUAUCCUUAGUUAUGGACUCUUAGUGCCUUGACAUGUUUAAAUACCUUACAUGUUAUUCUAAAGAUUUUGCUUAUUCACAUUUACCUUAACUACUGUUUAUACAAAGCCGAUAGAGGUGCUCAUACCUACUGGUUAAGUAAAGGAACUUCAGAUUUUGGUGGAGAUCACAUUGUCAAUCUUAUACACUAUGAGGAUGCAGCUUCUCUCGCUGUUCUCAUCUUGAGAAAGAAAUUCCGUGGUCGGAUCUUUUUGGGUUGUGACAAUCACCCAGUGUCCAGGCAAGAAGUGAUGGACCUGGUUAAUAAAAGUGGGAAGUAUAGCCAGAAGUUCAAGGGAUUCACAGGAACCAGUGAUCCACUAGGAAAGAAGUUAAACAACUCAAAAACACGUGCUGAAUUAGGGUGGGAGCCUAAAUAUCGUAGCUUUGCUGAAUUCCUUGAAGUUUCAGAGUAGCCACUGCUUUUACGAGAAGCUUCGUGAUUGGAGAUGAUUCCCUAUGUAGAGAAUUGAAUGUGAAUUUUCUUCAUGGUUCAUGUAGUUCGCUUUAUGGUCUCUACUCUACAAUAUUUUGACAUUAAUCACCUUACAUGCAAGGCUGGAUCAAACAUAUGCACUUACAUCUAUUAACAGUCUUUUACUUUAGUAAUCAUGUGUUAUUCGUACGACUUGAAGCUGUUGCAUUAUUUGUUCACCAUUGAUGAGUUGAUUACAAUACCAAGUAAGGUUGAAACAAAGGUAAAGUGUAUUAGUAUUCAUGGUGUUAAUUAAAUGAGGUCUGGUCCUCCACCCUGUUGGGAUUGUGACGAGUAGUGCUGGUCA